GCCCGCGGGGUGGCCGGCGGGCAGCGGGCGGGCUGGCGGGGCCCGAGCCGCCGGGCUGGGUCGGACGGCGGCGGGCUUGCGCCAACUACAGCUCAAAGCGCCCGGGCCAGGGGAUUUGGCCUCCCGGGCCCCUCCGGCCCGCCUUUCCUCAGUGUAAAAAAUUGUAGACAGAGGAGCCAUGGAUAGGAGAAGUGUGGGUGAAACAGAAAAUGGAGAUACUUUCCUUGACCUGAAGAAGCUGCCGGCCUCCAAAUCCCCUCAUCGCUAUACAAAAGAGGAGCUCUUGGAUAUAAAAGAACGACCCCAUUCCAAACAGAGACCUUCAUGCCUCUCUGAAAAAUAUGACAGUGAUGGUGUCUGGGACCCUGAGAAGUGGCAUGCCUCUCUUUACCCAGCAUCAGGGCGUAGCUCACCAGUGGAAAAUCUGAAGAAAGAGUUGGAUACUGACCGACCGUCCCUGGUGCGUAGGAUCGUAGAUCCACGAGAGCGUGUGAAAGAAGACGACUUAGAUGUUGUUCUCAGCCCACAGAGACGAAGCUUUGGUGGGGGUUGUCACGUGACAGCUGCUGUUAGCUCCCGCCGCUCAGGAAGUCCAUUGGAGAAAGACAGUGAUGGGCUUCGCCUGCUUGGUGGACGAAGGAUUGGCAGUGGGAGGAUAAUCUCUGCCCGGACCUUUGAGAAGGAUCACCGUCUUAGUGAUAAGGACCUGCGGGACUUGAGAGACAGAGAUCGUGAGAGGGACUAUAAAGACAAGCGUUUCAGGAGGGAGUUUGGGGAUAGUAAGCGUGUCUUUGGAGAACGCAGAAGAAAUGAUUCAUACACUGAAGAAGAACCAGAAUGGUUCUCAGCGGGACCCACAAGUCAGUCUGAAACUAUUGAACUGACUGGCUUUGAUGAUAAGAUACUAGAAGAAGAUCACAAAGGUAGAAAAAGAACAAGACGACGGACAGCCUCUGUGAAGGAAGGCAUAGUUGAGUGCAAUGGAGGAGUAACCGAGGAGGAUGAGGUGGAAGUCAUCCUCACCCAGGAGCCUACUGCUGAUCAGGAAGUGCCAAGAGAUGCCGUCUUGCCUGAGCAGUCCCCAGGAGAAUUUGACUUUAAUGAAUUCUUUAACCUUGAUAAGGUGCCAUGCUUGGCUUCGAUGAUAGAAGAUGUUUUAGGAGAAGGGUCAGUCUCUGCCAGUCGGUUCAGUAGGUGGUUCUCUAACCCAAGCCGAUCAGGAAGUCGAUCCAGCAGCCUUGGGUCAACACCACAUGAAGAGCUGGAGAGACUUGCUGGUCUGGAGCAAGCCAUCCUCUCUCCUGGACAGAACUCGGGGAAUUAUUUUGCUCCUAUACCAUUGGAGGACCAUGCUGAAAAUAAAGUGGAUAUUUUAGAAAUGCUACAGAAAGCCAAAGUGGAUUUAAAACCUCUUCUUUCCAGCCUUUCUGCAAAUAAGGAAAAACUUAAAGAAAGCUCACAUUCAGGGGUUGUGCUUUCAGUGGAAGAGGUAGAAGCAGGGCUCAAAGGCUUAAAGGUGGACCAACAAGUAAAGAAUUCAACUCCCUUCAUGGCAGAACACUUAGAGGAAACCCUGAAUGCUGUAACCAGCAAUCGACAACUCAAGAAAGAUGGAGAUAUGACUGCAUUCAACAAACUAGUGAGCACUAUGAAGGCAAGUGGGACUUUGCCUUCUCAGCCCAAAGUCAGUCGAAACCUUGAAAGCCAUUUGAUAUCCCCUGCUGAGAUUCCAGGCCAGCCUGUCCCUAAGAACAUCCUGCAGGAACUUCUGGGUCAACCAGUUCAGAGACCUGCUUCUUCCAAUCUUCUGAGUGGCCUUAUGGGGAGCUUAGAGCCUUCUGCAUCUUUACUGGGCCAAAGAGCACCCUCUCCUCCCAUAUCACAAGUGUUCCAAACUCGAGCAGCCUCAGCAGACUACCUUCGCCCAAGAAUACCAUCACCAAUUGGUUUCACACCAGGACCACAGCAGCUACUUGGAGAUCCAUUCCAAGGCAUGCGCAAGCCCAUGAGCCCUGUCACAGCCCAGCAGAUGAGCCAGCUUGAAUUGCAACAAGCAGCUUUGGAGGGACUGGCCCUACCACAUGACCUUGCAGUGCAGGCAGCAAACUUCUACCAGCCUGGUUUUAGCAAGCAACAGGUGGACAGAACCAGAGAUGGAUUCAGAAACAGGCAACAGCGAGUGACCAAGUCACCAGCACCCAUGCACCGAGGGAAUUCCUCUUCCCCAGCCCCUGCUGCUUCCAUCACAAGCAUGCUUUCUCCUUCCUUCACCCCUACCUCAGUAAUCCGGAAGAUGUACGAGAGCAAAGAGAAAAGCAAGGAGGAGCUAGCAUCUGGAAAAGCUGUUCCUGUUGACAGUAAAGAGGAUACUCAGAAGGCCACUGAAGAGAACUUGCUGUCAUCUAACUCCAUUCCCAGUGCUGAUCGAGACUCUUCUAUGACAAAUCCUAAAUUGUCAACGUUACAGCCAUCUUCAUGUUCCACCCCACUGUCCCAGACAAACCGAUACACCAAAGAACAAGAUUACCGACCUAAAGCAACUGGAAGAAAAACACCCACCUUGGCAUCCCCAGUUCCAGGAACACCUUUUCUCCGCCCUGUCCACCAAGUUCCCCUUGUUCCCCAUGUCCCUAUUGUUCGGCCUGCUCAUCAGAUUCACCCAGGAUUGGUCCAGAGGAUGCUGGCCCAGGGAGUACAUCCACAGCAUCUUCCAAGUUUGUUGCAAGCUGGUGUGCUUCCUCCUGGGAUAGAUCUGACUCAUUUACAGGGAAUAUCUGGCCCAAUCCUGGGUCAGCCUUUUUACCCUUUACCAGCUGCUAGUCACCCUCUCCUAAACCCUCGUCCUGGGACACCUUUGCAUCUGGCAAUGAUGCAACAGCAGCUACAGCGCUCAGUUCUGCAUCCUCCAGGCUCUGGUUCCCAGGCAGCAGCAGUCAGCGUUCAGACGACCCCUCAGAACAUGCCCAGCAGGUCAGGCCUGCCCCAAAUGCACUCUCAGCUGGAGCAUCGCCCCAGCCAAAGGAGCAGCUCUCCUGUGGGUCUUGCCAAAUGGUUUGGCUCAGAUGUGCUACAGCAGCCCCUGCCCUCCAUGCCUGCCAAAGUCAUCAGUGUAGAUGAACUGGAAUACCGACAAUGAGCAGGACAGGCAGGCUUACCUAUGCCUGGACUUUUGGUGGCACCCUGCUCAGGACUUUUGCUUCCUCAUCUCGGUUGGUUUAUUGGCUUUUACUUUGGAGCACUCUGGGUGAAGCUGUUUAGGGGACCCACGCACCUGGUGUGGUAUGCAUUAUGAGAGAAGGAUCUUAACCAAUCGAGUGGAGUCUACGUAGUCUGAAUACAGGAUGCACAGUGUCGUCAAUCCUGGAAACAGUCUUUUUUUGUAAGAUAUGUGAAUGAAGUGUUGGUGUCUUCACCAAGAGGUGGCACCUAAGGGUUCUGAGGAAAUAAAUGUAUAGGCCCUUAUGUACAGAUCUGUGUAUAAACAACUUUUGUACAUACAUAUAGAAUAGCUUUUUUGAACUUAUACAGCUGUACAUAAAAGUAGCUGGUAUUAGUUAAACCUGUGUCAACAUUUGGAUUUUUUUUUUUUUCACUUGUACAUUUGGGACAUUUUUUUUUU